UCACUGGGAAAGCUUUCUCCAAACCCUUCACAGUCGACGAAUCGCCAGCACUUUUCACUCUUCAAGAUGAUGAGACAACUGUUCGUCCUGGUCAUCGUGGCCGGAGCCGUGCUCGCCGACAACUACUGGUGCCCCAAGGCCGGCGAGGCUUUCGAGUGCUUCGAGUCGUCCCCCACAGAAAGGUUUUGCCUGACCAACGGACGCGAGACCGCUGUCAUCUGCUCCAAGUGCAGGAAGAAGUUCGACUUCUGCCGUAACGACUUCGUCAAAUCCAAGAGAGCCCACACUGACUGUGGAGCCGGUUGGGAAAGCACUCCCUGCACCCACGACAACUCACACGUGCCCGCUGUCUUCCCCGGGAAACUUUAAUAUGUGACUUAAGUCACCAGAACUUAUCCGGAGCAAUCUGGACUUUGGACCCCGUGACGGACUUACAAACUGCGGUGUAUAAACGUAUGAACAAGCAAUAAAUGAGUUGUGUCU